UGGUUAGGUUUUCUUUUUUUCUUUUGAUGGCUAUGUUGGCAGCUGCAGCUGCUCUAGAAAUUUCUUCAAAUGGAUUUGAAGACAAGAAAAAAGAGAUUGAUUUCGAUCUUCUAUUUGAACGCUUCACCCAACUGCACCAAGCUAAGUGCCUUGAUGUCCUUCUGUUGGUCUCGGCAAAAGUUCAAGACAUCUUUAUCUCUGCUAAGCUUGUCAAUUGUUAUGCCUACCUUGGUGAUGUCUCAGUCUCCCAUCCAACUUUUAAUCAGAUACCAAACAAGGAUGUCUUUACCUGGAAUUCAAUGGCAUCUGCUUAUGUCCGCAGUGGUCAUUUCUGGGAAGCUCUAAAUUGUUUCAAUUGGUUUUUGUUUACUUCUGGUCUUCAACCUGAUUUCUACACUUUUCCUCCCGUGUUGAAAGCCUGCCGAAAUGUAUUUGAUUGGAUGAGGGUACAUUGCUUGGUUCUAAAGCUGGGUUUUGAAUGGCAUGUCUUUGUUGCUGCUACCUUGAUCCAUAUGUACACUUGGUUUGGAUUAGUAGGGGUUAAGAUGGAUCCUAUUACUGUUGCUAGUAUUCUUUGUGUUUGUGCACAAUCAGAUGAUAGUUUAAAUGGGAUGCUGAUUCAUUUGUAUGCCAUAAAGCAUGGCUUGGAGCUUGAUCUUUAUAUCUCUAAUGCAUUGAUUAACAUGUAUGCCAAAUAUGGUAACUUGGGACAUGCAGAAAGGGUUUUUAAUGACAUGGUGAAUGGGGAUGUUGUGUCAUGGAACUCCAUAAUAGCUGCAGGUGAGCAGAACAAUGAUCCAAUUACAGCACUAGGGUUAUUCAAUAAGAUACGACCAACAGGAAUUCAUCCUGGUUUGCUGACAUUGGUGAGUUUAUCUUCUGUUGUUUCCCAGUUAAAUGAUUCUCAAAAUAGCAAGGCUGUCCAUGGAUUUAUAAUAAGGAGAGAUUGGAUUUCACAAGAUGUUAUUUUAGGAAAUGCAAUUAUGGACAUGUCUGCUAAGUUAGGGGUUACAGAUUAUGCACGGGCAGUUUUUGAUGGUCUACCUCUUAAAGAUGCAAUUUCUUAUAACAUAAUGAUCACUGGCUAUGCUCAGAAUGGGCUUGCAAGUGAAGCAAUUGAGGUAUACCAGAUCAUGCAGUCCAACAACAUAAUACCAAAUCAGGGGACUUGGGUCAGCAUUUUACCGGCUUAUUCUCAUCUAGGACCCUUGCAACACGGAAUGAAAGUUCAUGGUUGGAUGUUUAAAAACUCUCUGUACUUGGUUGUCUUUGUAGGAACCUGCCUUGUUGACAUCUAUGGAAAAUGUGGGAGAUUAGAUGAUGCAAUAUCCUUAUUCUAUGAAGUCCCUAGAAAGAGUUCAGUCCCUUGGAAUGCCAUAAUAUCCUGUCUUGGGAUUCAUGGUCAUGGUAAGAAAGCUCUGAAAUUGUUUGGAGAGAUGCUAGAUGAGGGGGUGAAACCUGACCACUUUACCUUCGUAUCUCCAUUGUCAGCUUGUAGUCAUUCAGGUUUGGUUGAUGAGGGUCAAUGGUGUUUUCAUGUGGUGCACGAAGGUAUGCCAGUUGAAUCAGAUGCUUCUGUUUGGGGUUCUCUUCUUGCUGCUUGCAGGAUACAUGGUAAUGUUGACUUGGGCACCUUUGCUUCCGAUCGCUUGUUUGAAGUUGACUCAGAGAAUGUUGGGUACUAUGUUCUGUUAUCAAAUAUUUAUGCAAAUGUUGGAAAAUGGGAGGGAGGGGAUAAGGAUGUUGAGGAGGAUGAGAAGGAGCAUUUCCUAAUGAGUCAUGGUGAAACAUUGACAAUUGCAUUUUUCUCAGCAGUUCCAUUUUCUACUCAUCUGAAUACACCAAGAGCUAUAGUCUCUGCUACAACAUCUGAGCAAAAGGAAACACCUGCUGGAGAUUCGAACUUGAAUGUGCUUCAACCUACUAUGAACCAGCAAAACAGAAGCUCCUCAGAUGGUCCUGUUGCUAUACUUUGGGAUAUUGAAAACUGCCCUGUCCCAAGUGAUGGUUGCCCAAAGAUGUAGCUGGGAAUAUAUGACAAGGCUAGGUUGGUUGACAUGUUUAUAUCUGCUCUUUACAACCCUCAUCUCCACUUACUUGAUCAGUGUGGGUAUUCAGGCAUCUUGUUAUUCCUACUGGCAAGGGUGUUUUUUCUGCCCUGUGCAAUGCCAGUUUGUCUGGGACAGGCUAGUGUGGCUCGUGGUCUUGGGGAAGGCUUUUUUCCACCCUCAAAAGCUUUAAUGCAUACUUGUUGACGACCAACUGAACUUGCUGGAUAUAUCAUGGGGUGCCAUGUCAAAGACACUAUAGAUGGUCAAGAUGAGGAAGAAUCAACAUUUAAUAGUGGU